GGCAGCAAUUGAUCCUUCAUCUGGAUCCGUCAUCAUGACUCUGCGCGGCUCUGUCUUUAUUCUCCUUGCUUCCUCCCUUCACCACGCUCCGCACUAUGGAGGCCCCCGAUCCCAAUAAUGUGCGCAUCCUGACGACCCUUGGACACGUCGACCAUGGGAAGACGACGCUCAUGGAUGCGCUUCUGGCCGCGAACAACAUCAUCUCGUCUCGUAUGGCGGGAAAGAUGCGCUACUUGGACAGUCGUGAGGACGAACAGGAGCGCGGGAUUACGAUGGAGAGCAGCGCCGUGUCGCUGAAGUUCCAUGUGAAGGGGGGCGAGGGCCAACCCAACAGGACGUACAUCGUCAACAUGAUCGACACACCGGGACAUGUGGACUUCUCGUCGGAAGUUUCCAUCGCCUCUCGCCUGUGCGAUGGUGCACUUGUCCUGGUUGACGUCGUCGAAGGCGUUUGCACUCAAACCACCGCCGUCCUCCGACAAGCAUGGCAGGACCGCCUCAAGCCUAUCCUUGUCAUCAACAAGUUCGAUCGUCUCAUAACCGAGCUCAAGCUAUCCCCUACCGAAGCGCACCACCACCUCACUCGCCUAGUCGAGGAUGUAAACGCUGUCAUGGGCUCCUUCUUUGCCGCAGACCGCAUGGAGGACGACUUGCGCUGGCAUGAAGAGCGCAAGCGGCGCCUCCAAGAGAAGAAGGACGCGCUCGCCGGCGAGACAGAUGCAGCCGUCGAAGGCGACGAGCAGGACUACCGCGAACUCGAAGAUGAGGACAUCUACUUCGCGCCCGAGAAAGGGAACGUCGUCUUCGCCUCCGCAAUCGACGGCUGGGGAUUCCGCGUCAGCAAGUUUGCCUCGCUAUACGCCGCGAAGCUCGGGUUCAGUGAGGCUGGCCUGCGUCGAGCGCUCUGGGGCGACUACUACUUCGACCCCAAGACGAAGAAGGCCAUCGGCUCGAAGCACCUUGCCGGUCGACCCCUCAAGCCUAUCUUCGUCAAGUUCGUUCUCGAAAACAUCUGGGCUGUAUACGACGCGGUCGUACUGAAUCCCGAUCCCGAGAAGACAAGCAAGAUCGUCUCCGCCCUCAACCUCAAAAUUCUCCCCCGCGACCUGCGUAGCAAGGAUACUCGUCAUUUACUAUCGCUCAUCUUUACGCAAUGGCUUCCCCUCUCCUCUUGUAUCAUCCAAGCAGCCAUCGAUGUCGUUCCAGCCCCGCACAACGCUCAAGCUACCCGCAUACCCAAGAUGCUUUACCCCGACCUCCGCGAAGCCACCAUCGCACCGAAGAACAAGCUCGAGGAGGACCUAUACGCCGCUCGCGACGACGCCGAUGCCUUCGUCGUAGCAUAUGUCAGCAAGAUGUUUGCGGUAGCAGAAAGCGAUCUUCCAGAGAACAAGAAGCGCCCAAUGACGGCUGACGAAAUGCGUGCCAAGGCGCGAGAGGCUCGCGAGGCCAGGCAGCAGCAAGCCGACCAGCAGCAGCAGCAGGAAGCGCAGCAACAAGCCAAUGGUACCACACCCGCGCCCGAAGGUGUCGACAUCCCGGCUACACCCUCCGCGACGCCAGCCGACGAGGAGAAAGAUACUAAAAUCGCUGCCGAAGCCAUCCUCGGCUUCGCCCGCCUCUACUCCGGCUCCCUCAAAGUCGGCGCCACCAUUCACUGCGUCCUGCCCAAAUACAAUGCUGCACUCGGUCCGCGGCAUUCCGCGAACGCACGGUACCUGUCAACCACGACGGUGGAGGGCCUGUAUGUGAUGAUGGGCCGCGAGCUGCAGGCGGUCGACGUUGUGCGAGCUGGGAACAUAUUCGCGAUCCGUGGCUUGGAGGGGAAGGUGUUGAGAAGUGGGACGCUGUGCGCCGCGGCGGGUGGAACUCAUAUCGUUGACGACGAGGCGAAGAUGAGGGAGUAUCUUAUCAAUUUGGGAAGCGUCAAUCGCGCUACUCCGCCCAUCGUUCGCGUCGCACUGGAGCCUGCGAUGCCCGCAGACCUGCAAAAAUUGGUACACGGCUUGAAGCUCCUCAGCCAGGCGGACCCGUGCGUGGAGACCUUCCAGCAACAUACGGGCGAGCAUGUCAUUCUCACCGCCGGAGAACUGCACCUUGAGCGGUGUCUCAAAGACCUUCGAGAACGAUUCGCGAAGGUCGAGAUACAGGCCUCAAAACCCAUCGUACCCUUCCGAGAGACCGCCGUCAAGGCCCCGGACAUGGCACCGCCAAAAACACCAAACGCACCGCGCGGCACUAUCCGCGGCAGUUCCGCUCACGACGUCGUCACCUUCACCAUCCGCGCCGCACCUCUGCCCAAGCCCAUCCUCGACUUCGUUCAGGACAACAUCUCCGUCAUAAAAAAGAUGGACUUCAAGGCCGAGUCCGCUGGCGGCCAACAGGAGAACGGUCAAAGCACUGCCGAAGCGGACGCGGAACUGGAGCUCGAUGUCGAGGUAGACGUCCAGGGCGAGGUGGCUAGGAAGGCAACUGUGCGGCCCGAGCAGUUUUGGGACGCGUUGAAGGAAGUCUGCACGAAGGUUGGUGGGGAGUGGGCGAGCAUGCCUGAGCGGGUAUGGGCUUUUGGGCCGCAAAGAGCGGGUGGGUGUGUUCUGGUAGACACGCGGCCGGAUAGCAAGCGAUCCCUCAAGCGCCGCCUCGAUCGCGGGCAAAGUCGUGGACAAGACAUAGACCUAUCCGGCGAAGCGGACAAGCGGAUCGAGGCACUCGACAAUCACAUCGAGACUGGCUUUCAGCUGGCGACGUUCCAAGGUCCUUUGUGUGCUGAACCGGUCGAAGGCCUAGCGUACUUCGUGGAGAGUGUGGAAGUCGAUAAGGAGGCCCUUGAGCGCGAGAUAGAGCAAAACCGGAUGGCGCAGCUGGUAGGCAGUGUGAUCACUGGCGUGCGCGAUGCCUGCCGCAAUGGGCUGCUCGACUGGUCGCCUCGGCUGCUGCUAGCGAUGUACUCCUGUGAUAUCCAGUGCUCGACGGAUGUACUUGGCAAGGUUUAUGGCGUCGUCGCGAAACGCCGCGGACGCAUCGUCGCCGAAGAGAUGAAGGAGGGCACGUCCUUCUUCACCGUCACCGCUUUAAUCCCCGUCGCAGAGAGUUUCGGGUUCGCCGAUGACAUCCGCAAACGCACCUCCGGCGCAGCCAGCCCGCAGCUUAUCUUCAGCGGCUACGAGCUCCUUGACCAGGAUCCCUUCUGGGUCCCGAAGACUGAGGAAGAGCUCGAGGACCUUGGCGAGAAGGCCGAUCGGUCGAACAUUGCCAAAGCGUAUAUGGACAGCGUCCGCGACCGGAAAGGCAUGUUUGUCGACAGGAAGAUCGUUGAGUUCGCAGAGAAGCAAAGGACGCUAAAGCGCUAAGUGGGGGAGGUAAACUUGGAGCAGGGUCGUGUAUGUAAUAUCAUGUGUACGCAGCUGGGCGAACCAGGCGCCACUGGCGUGGAGGGCAUCAAUUGAUCCUCGCCUCGAUAUCCCCUACGGAAUACGAUACCGCAAUCACCGAAUCAUGGCUACUGUAGGCAGAGGCUAAAAAGAAAGAAGCAUCGCCUGAAAGGCGAAAGGAUCCAAAGAUUGUACCGC